CCCCCCACCCCCAGACCGCAGGGCUAUAAAGCUGCCCCGCAUCGGUCUGCGGCUCCUUCCCGCCCGGGCCAGCUCUGCCAAGCGCUGAAUGCCAUCUUCCGCCACCAUGAGCCAUCACUCGUCGGGCCUCCGGUCCAACAUCAGCUCUACCUCGUACCGCAGGACCUUCGGGCCACCGCCCUCACUGUCCCCCGGAGCUUACUCCUAUUCAUCCAGCACUCGCUUUUCCAGCAGCCGCCUGCUGGGUUCGGCGUCCCCGAGCUCCUCGGCAAGGCUGGGCAGCUUCCGUGCCCCUCGGGCGGGGGCUCUGCGCUUGCCCUCGGAGCGCCUCGACUUCUCCAUGGCCGAGGCCCUCAACCAGGAGUUCCUGGCAACACGGAGCAACGAGAAGCAAGAACUCCAGGAGCUCAACGAUCGCUUCGCCAACUUCAUCGAGAAGGUGCGCUUCCUGGAGCAGCAGAACGCAGCCCUGCGCGGGGAGCUGAGCCAGGCCCGGGGCCAGGAACCGGCACGCGCCGACCAGCUGUGCCAGCAGGAGCUGCGGGAUCUGCGGCGCGAACUGGAGCUGCUGGGCCGGGAGCGCGACCGGGUGCAGGUGGAGCGCGACGCGCUGGCGGAGGACCUGGCGGCGCUCAAGCAGAGGUUGGAAGAAGAAUCCCGCAAGCGGGAGGAUGCGGAGCACAACCUGGUGCUCUUCCGUAAGGACGUGGACGACGCCACCCUGUCCCGCCUAGAACUAGAGCGCAAGAUCGAGUCUCUGAUGGAUGAAAUUGAGUUCCUUAAGAAGCUGCACGAAGAGGAACUUCGGGACUUGCAGGUGAGCAUGGAGAGUCAGCAGGUGCAGCAGGUGGAGGUGGAGGCGACUGUGAAGCCAGAGCUGACCGCGGCGCUGAGGGACAUCCGUAUGCAGUAUGAGAACAUCGCGGCUAAGAAUCUGCAGGAGGCAGAGGAGUGGUAUAAGUCCAAAUACGCUGACCUGUCCGACGCCGCCAACCGCAACCACGAGGCCCUACGCCAGGCCAAGCAGGAGAUGAACGAGUCCCGACGUCAGAUCCAGAGUCUGACUUGCGAGGUGGACGGGCUGCGCGGCACGAACGAGGCGCUGCUCAGACAGCUGCGGGAGCUGGAGGAGCAGUUCGCCCUGGAGGCUGGAGGCUACCAAGCGGGCGCUGCGCGGCUGGAGGAAGAGCUUCGACAGCUGAAGGAAGAGAUGGCGCGGCACCUGCGAGAGUAUCAGGAGCUCCUCAAUGUCAAGAUGGCCCUGGAUAUCGAGAUCGCCACCUACAGGAAGCUGCUGGAAGGGGAGGAGAGCCGGAUCUCGGUGCCGGUUCAUUCCUUUGCCUCCUUAAGUUUAAAGACGACUGUGCCUGAAGUGGAGCCUCCCCAGGACAGCCACAGCCGCAAGAUGGUUCUGAUUAGGACUAUUGAGACCCGGGAUGGGGAGCAGGUGGUGACAGAGUCCCAGAAGGAACAGCACAGUGAACUGGACAAGUCUUCUAUUCACAGCUACUGAGCCCUCACCUGGAGCUCUGACCCCACCUAAGCCUCUUAAGCUCAAGCCCAGCACUAGUCCUCAUCCAGCCCCUCACUGCAUGUGGCAUGAUCCCUUCCCAGCCAAGCUAUAGCCUGACAUGGUGGCUGGUCUCUCCCUGCCCUGACACAUAGGUGUGACCAAAUCUUUCCUGUCCUUGUAAGAGGCAGAUGAAAAAGCCCAGGACAAUAGAUCUGUUCAAGAAUGAUCCCAUGGCUAGUGGGGUGGACCAGUGAGUCUCACUCUGAACCGAAUAAAAUGGCUACUGAGAGAAACUCCUUA